CUCUUCAAUUAGUACCCUUGGCUGGGGGAUAGUAUCCAGGUACAAUCUCUGACAUUAAUUAAUUUUAUUGAAUUGAUAUAUAUAUUCCAGCGACAACGAGAGAAAGAUUAGGAGCAAAUUUGUCUUACAGGAUCCAAUUGAAUCCAGAUCGAAGUAACUAGUUUGACAGAAACAAGGAAUAGUAGCCAUGAGUGAUGUGGCAAAAAGAUACGUGGGCCAUCAACUGCCCUCUUCGCUUCCUUUCCAACUUUCCCCAUACUUAUCGUCAUCAUCGUUCACAUCAUUACCAUUAACAGAAGAUUCUAACAGCAGAGUGCCAACACAUUUUACUGUUCCAUGGAUUCGUGAGUUAAAUUUCGGACAAUCCAUUGCAAUUAGAUCUAAAGCAAAUGACUCUAUUGGCUUAGAUCUCGCGAAUAAUGGGUCUCCAGACUUAAUACACUGGGGAAAAUAUUAUGGUAACAGAUCAUCACUUUACUUGAACAAUGAUUUCGAUUUUGUAAGCCUGUCCAAAGAAGGUAACCGGAAAGAUGAUGAUGGAUAUAUUGGUUUUUAUCAUUAUGCCAAUGGUAUAUCAUUAUAUUCGAGAGAAGACUCAGUCGAACAAUAUAUAACCCAAGUGAUCGGUCUUGUCAAGAAAGAAGAUGGUUACCAUUGGAAAAAAGACAUAAGUAGUGAAAACUGGGGAAAUUUCAAAAGAGAAAUGAUUGUUACUUACUGUUGUUAUAAUAUAUUCAACAAGUCCGACUUUAGAGCUAAGUUCAUCAUACAUACUUCAAGACCUCAGGCAAAAUAUCCAGUAACCAUUGAUCGUUCAUACACAAUUACCCCGAACACGAAUGACUUAAAGAAUAGAAAAACACACGCUUUCAAUGCUAAUAGUAUCAAACAAUUAUCAGUAACUUAUUGGGAAGAAUUGAACGCUUCAUCUUUGAUUAGGUUGUUUGCUCAGUUAGAUAAUCCAGGUUCACAAUUGACUGGGUUGGUAAGUUUUGCAAGUUUUACAAACUCACAGAAUUAUAUUAUACCAGCAAUUAAGAGCUUGGUUAAGUUUUUACCAAGGGGCCAAUUAACCGAGAUGAGACAAUGUCAUGGUGUUCCAACGGGCUCUGGAAGUCAAAGUGAAGGAUCUAAAAAAAUCAAUUAUUAUAGAAAUACUUUAAUAGAUGCAUUAAUCAGAUUGGUCGAAUUGGAUAUAAGCGGAAAGACUUGUGAUGUUGCCAUCAAGGAAAUUAGACGAAGAUACUACAUUGGAGAAACUGGAGAGUGGGACAUUGUGAUUUUAAGAUUACUCAAGGCCCACAUAGGUGAAAACAAAGAACAAGAAUAUCUUAAUUUAAUUCAUCGACAUUUACUGUCACAAGUAAUCACAACUCAACUGGCAAUAAUUUUAAUCGAGCAGAUAAAAUUUUUAAUCUCGAAACAAAGUUACGACUUAGCAUUAAAAAUAUCGGAAAAAUGUGUUCGUAUUUUACCUCUUGACUUUGACUCUUGGUAUUAUUUAGCCCUCUGCUCAAUCUUGACAAGAAAUUUCGAAAAAGCUUUGGUUGUUAUGAAUAAAUUGCCAGUUGUUACCUUGAAUAAACAGAGAAAUAGUGACAUAGAGCUAGUUUGUGGGAUCAAAGAUGUUUAUAUAUCGACAUUUGCAACAAGAUUAUCCGCAAAUAAUUCAGAAGUGAUUUCAGAGAAAACAUUUGACUCAUAUUUUCCAUUACCGAAAGUUCACGAGGAUUGCUACUCAAAUUUUAAAUCCAAUUCAACAACAUCUUUACAUAAAGUUCCAUCACAGAGUAAUCAGAAACUGAAUGAUCAUUUAGUCGAAGAAGGAUCAAUAAAGAGAUUAUGGCAUGACUUGUUUAUUUUCAAUCCACAUCUCAGACAUCCUUUCACUGGUAACCAGUUUUAUCAUUCUCCUUUGAUGUCAGCAUCUACUGCUGAACUUUCAUCAGUGGACCCCAGUUUAAUAAAGGCUGGUGGACCUAAUGCUUCAAAGAGUCAUCUUGCUGCUCAAUCUGCUGGUACUCCUACAUCGUCCAUUCUCGACUUUGAUAGAACUUCAACAUGGGGUAGAUGUUAUGACUUAUUGUCAUUGUUUGUUGCAAUUAUUGGAUGGGACAACUUGGUUAGUAUCAAAGAACGGACAUUCCAAUCAAGAGUUUAUAGCUCAACUGAGAGUGUUAAUCAAAAAGAAUUCAUCGUUAAUCAUAACCAAGAAGAUAGUCAUGGGUUUAUUCAAUGUGAAACAUGGCUCGAGCAAUUAUUUUUGGUUAUAUAUGAAGAUUUAAGAUUACUCAUGACAAAAAGUAAUUUGUUCAGAGAAGAUCAGCAACAUAGCGCUUUAGAGUGGGAAAUGAUGGGAUUACUUGGUUGGUCCGCAAAGUAUAAGUUGAAAGAGUCAAUUAGCUCAAUAAUGACCAGUGUUAUGGGUGUUGCCGCUGAGGGUGGAUUUGAUUACUUUGGUACAAUAAAGUUACUUGAAAUUUAUGAUGAAUUCGUCUUGAGUGAUACCAAUGAGUCGAAUAUUGAUUUAUUCAGUGAUGAUUAUGAAAAUAAAACGUUCAGUAACAAAAUAAUAUUGAGGGCAUUAUCACCAAGUUUGUAUUUGGAAUUUUCAAAAUCUUUAGCUGAAGAGUAUUUAACGUUGGAUUUCAUUUUAUUCAAUUUGAUGAGAUUAAUAAGUUGGAAUUUAAGAUGGUAUCAGUAUACACCAAAUUAUCUUGUUGUUAAAGUUCUUACCAAACUAUGUGUGAAAUAUGAUCUGAUAUUUGUAAGAGGAAAGUUCAGAGUUGUUUAUGAACAAAAUAAGAAAAACAGUGCUUUAACAUCAAAACCAAAAGUGAAUAAAUUUUCACUUGGAUAUUUAUUUAGCAGUCCGAAGGAAAAACCUACAAAAGUGUAUGAGUUUACAGAUGGUGAUACAAUUAUUGAUUAUACCGAAAAAUUAAUCUCAUGGAUCGAUGAAUUAAGAGAGACUAAUGUUUAA